ACGGCACUUAGCUUUUCGCAGCUGAUCAGCUAAAUCAUGUCUGGCCGUGGCAAGGGAGGAAAGGGCUUAGGCAAAGGGGGUGCUAAGCGCCACCGGAAAGUUCUCCGAGAUAACAUCCAGGGCAUCACCAAACCUGCUAUCCGCCGUCUCGCUCGGCGUGGUGGUGUCAAGCGUAUCUCGGGGCUCAUUUAUGAGGAGACCCGCGGCGUGCUCAAAGUCUUCCUGGAGAACGUGAUCCGGGACGCCGUCACCUACACGGAGCACGCCAAGAGGAAGACAGUCACCGCCAUGGACGUGGUCUACGCGCUCAAGCGCCAGGGCAGAACCCUCUACGGAUUCGGAGGCUAAAAAGGCGCUCUUACUAACCCCGCAAGAAAAAAAGGCCCUUUUCAGGGCCCCCCAACUUUUCAUUAAAAAAGCUGUAACUA